UUUCUCAAUCUAAAUUGGUUGUUUGCAGAUAAUUCUCCAGAUUUUUUAUUUUGAUGUCGAAGAUGAACGAAAGCAGCGAUGGUGAUGUCAGUAAACAAGACAUUCAUCUGCUGCUGGAACAUUUCUCGAAAUCAACUCAUAAAGUACGAACUGGAGACAUGAAGGGUGACACUGUAAUGGAAACAUGUUUGAUGCUAAUGGCUAAAGAUUAUAAAUAUUCCGUUGUACAAAAUUUUAGUGGAGAAUUAUGUGGUCAGUAUCCCCAUAAAUUAAUUUUGUUAGAAUAUGAACUAAGAGAAGGUGAUGAUGCCAAUACGAGCAAUGAUUUACAGAGUAUAUAUGAUAUGGACAAAUUAAGAGAAGUAAUGAAACAAGCCAGAUUUGCCAGGUGUAGGUCUCGUUUUGUUGUACCUGUCAUUUUAUAUGAGGGCAAGCAUAUUUGUAGAUCAGCAACUCUCUCAAGUGGUCCAGAAAUGUACGGAAGAACAGGAUUUGAUUUUUUAUUCUCAAGUGGAGAAACUAUACCAAAUGGUGCUAAUGGGGGGGAUCAAAGUGAACAAUUAUUUGAUAGAUAUCGGGGACAUGAUAUUAGGCUAUUAAAAGAAUUAUCUGUAGGAUAUAUUUGUGAUCUCAUGGUGGAGAAGAAAAAAGUAAAGUUUGGAAUGAACAUUACAUCAUCUGAAAAGGUUGAUAAAGAGAAUCGUUAUUCCGAUUUUACCAUUUUAUCAGUUCCAUAUCCAGGUUGUGAGUUUUUUAAAGAAUGGAAAGAUAAAUAUUUUACAGGAGAAGCUAUACAGUAUGAUUGGAAUCAGGGUUUCAAUGAUGCAUUAUUAGAUAUUCCCAGUACCCCAUUACUCUCUCAGUUACCUAUAGACUGGAAGAAAUACAGGGAUUGGGACUUAGUUCAACUUACCCAAAAUUACUUAAAACUUUUAUUACAUUUAGUUACACACGGUGAUAAAGGUUUAUUGGUACAUUGUAUAUCUGGUUGGGAUAGAACACCAUUAUUUGUAUCAUUAUUGCGUUUAACACUGUGGGCCGAUGGUAUUAUACACAGAUCAUUAAAACCAGCUGAAAUAUUAUAUUUAACAUUAGGUUAUGACUGGUAUUUAUUUGGUCACAAUUUAUCUGAUAGACUUAGCAAAGGAGAGGAGAUUUUAUCAUUUUGUUUUACAUUUUUACGUUAUAUUGGUUCAGAAGAAUUCUCUGUUAUAAAGAGAAGACGACGAACUUCAACCAAAGUUUUAAACCCAGAUGUGAUAAGUGAAAGGCGACAAGCAAUGAGAGCCAAUUCAGAAUCUAGCAUUCCAAUAGAUGCUGUACUAUUAGAGACAGAUGCAGCUCACAGUUUACGAGGUAGUAAUGCUAGUAUUAGUAGUGUUAGUAGUGCAGAGAUGGGACCAGUUACAUUUACUGUAGGUCAAGAUGAUGAAAACUUAAUAUCGUUUGGAGACGAAAUACCAAAACCAAUAAAUAUAAAUAGAUGUCGAGCUACUAAUUCUCCAUUAGCUUCUUGUAGUUCUCCUCAUAGUACAGGUUCAUCAGAUAAUAGUUUUCAUUCUCAUGGUAACCAUUUUAGUACAUCAUCAUCUAGUCCAAUGGCUGUUCCUGCUUUACAUCGAUAUUCUGAUGCAACAAGAGCAUGUUCGCCAGGUUAUGGCAGUUGGCAGAUUAUAUCUAGUUGUGGUAGUUUUCGAGGUUUAGGUUCAACAGACUCACCUCAAGUUAGUUCUGAGAAAUCCAGUUCAUCCGGUCAUAGUCAUGUUAGCUUUAGUUCGUGUCAAGAAGCAUCAGAAAUAAAUAACACGUCAUUACGAUGGCAAAAGUUGGAUGCAGUUAGAAGAAUAUUCCAAAAUGCCUAUUCUAACACAAUAACUGUACGCCCUAAUGGAAACGAGUCGGGAGCCUUAUCAUCAUUAGUAAACCAGUUUGCAGAAAAAGUUGGUAUAAAAUCAGGAAAGAAUACCAUUGUUUGAUAACAAGUUAUUAAUAUAUAAAGUGACCUAUGGAACAAAAAAGCAAAAAGAAAACCAUGAGCAAUUUUAAACCUUUUGUUUUUAUGUUAAAUGUGAAUGUUUUGUUGACAAAGCAGCUUGCUGUAGGUAAAAGAUUACUUUAUAUAAGUAAUUAGCCAAUAAGGCAACAAAAUUUUAUUUAUUUUUUUGUUCUUAGGAAACACAUGUUUGCUUUCUGUUUCUUCAGGUAAAAAACUUUUUUAAAAACAAAAAAUACUUAGUUGUUCUUCUCAAAAGCUUUCAUUUAAAAAUGUUUCAGUUUUUAGAUUUUAAAGAAAACAUCUGUUGGGAUUUUGUCAUAUAUACAACCAGAUUAAUAUAGUUUGUUAACAAUCUGUUUAUUUUUAUACAAAUACAUAUUCUCAGGGAAUAUUGUAAACUGUAUGUUACACAAAAAGUUAUCAACAUUUCCAUAUUAUGUUAAGUAUUUACUUACCAUUUUUCGUAUAAUAAUUCAAAUGUGACUGAUAUUUUUGCUUGAAUUUUGUUGUGGCAGCUAAUGUUAAAUAUAAAACAAAAACAAGUUAUUUCUUAAAUCAUAAUAUUAAUAUGAGCUACAUUAAACUAACAGAAAUAGAAUAUAGAUGAUUUAAUCUGUCUUCUUUUUUCUGAUGUUCAUAGUCGUAGGAGGUUGAUGAAUUUAGGGUGGAGGAAGAGGGGAUGAAACAGAAAUGUAUGAUAAAAUUCCCCGUUUAUAAUCCAGAUGCCCCCAAACCAGCUGAAGGCAACAAGUGCAACAUUGGGAGGAGGGGGAUAUCUGUAAGUCUUCACCCAGAAAAUUUUGAAAAUUAAAUGGCUGCAAAUUUCCACAAGGUUUGAGCUGCUGACUCGAAAGUAAUUACUCAUGCUCAACAUUUUUUGGGGCAUUCUAUUAUUGGGGGAAUUGAGCUUUCCCAAUUAUUUGUGACAUUGCCCCCUCAUCCUCCUCCUUCACUUAUACUGAUGUUGUAAAUUACUUGUAAUACAAUAACUAUUACAUGUAGAGAGAAUUUAAAAUCAAUACCUGUUUUGUUUUUAACUAAGUGUACUACUAUAUAUAUGUAUAUGUUGGGAUUAUUAACCAUAAAAUGAUAUUUGUACAAGGAAAUCAAACCAACUUGACUUGUAGAAAAGGUGUUUUUAGUUUAUCUUUUUGUAGAUUAUUUCUCUAGUCAGUUACUGGAUUAUCUAUUGCUUGAUUACUCUAUAAAUUAAAGAGGCAUUAACACUUUCAACAAAAUAUUAAUUGUAAAUAAUUUUAUAUGAUGUUGUGUUCAAAAUAACUUAAGAUCCACUAUUAUUAUCAAAAAUCCAAGCAAUAGCCUACAUGGAGAAAGCAUUUAUCAGUUAUUGUCCAAUAUUCUCCUUGAAAACCACUAUUCGCUAAAAAUGUCUGUAUUUCCGAUAUAGAAUGACAGAUUGAUCUGUUAAGAUUUCUCACAUAAUCUAAUUUAAACAUCCCAGAUGUUAUUUUCGGUCUGUAAUCAUAUCACCUCAAAUCAGAAAUUACGUUUUUACUGACCAGUGAAGAUUUCCAAAGUGUUAGUGCCUCUUUAUAUGCCCACAUUGAAAUGUGAGAAACUUCUAAUCAAUAGAAACAGGUAACACAAACCAAUUAUGAUGCAUUUGAUAUUCAGAUAAGUUGAUAACAAUAAUUAAUAGAAUACAAUAUCAAUAAACCUUCGUUUUAUCUAACGAUUCAUCAUUAAAAAUACUAACUUCUUCAAGGAUGAAGAACUAAGUCAACUAAGUUUUUAUGCAAAAUGACUGGAAGUCAGUUGUAACAUCAUAGGAAGUUAUAACAUAUGAAUGAUGAUGUCAUGGAUAUAACAUGAAAGGUGUAGCUUAUAGUUAUAAAAAAGGUAAAAUUUUACAAGUAAGGGAAAUUAUGCAUGAUUAUGAAUGAUUUUGAAACCCCCUGGAUUUAACUCAUUUAAACUGUUAGGGCAAAACUGAAUCAAGUCUAUGAAUCCACAGGUUUUCUGCUGUGUUCAAUUUUUUUCUUAUCUUUAUUAGGAAUUUUUUGUACUGUGGUACACACGAAAUCAUGACCAGGUACUUAAUUAACAGAGUAAUCGUUUGGCCUGGAUAUUGCAUUCUACAGGUUUUACAUGUUUAACAAUAAACAACAUAAGUACUGGUACAGUUGACACAGUCUCUAAUCUUGAAUGAUUUCAUGUCUUUACUGGUUAUUUCUUGAUUUGUGGGGGUUUGGAAUGCCGAAUGGUUAGCACGUGCGUGUUGUAUCAUAAGGUCUGUCAUUGAGUCAACUGGCCUGGUUUCGAUUCCCCGGUUGUACCUGACAAGGAGUAGGGUCUCCUGUCCAAUCUUGUGGGUUUUCUCCGGGUCCUCCAAUUCCUCCCACUGCUAAAAAUCUUUACGUGCAAGCGAAUCAUUGAAAUAAAAUUGAACCAUAUACUCGUCCCGAAAUGACCUAGUUUGUGUUGAGUGGACGUUAAACCCCAUUUCUCUCUCUCUCUUUCUUGAUUUGUACAAAGUCUCACAUGAUUAGCAUAAUUUUCUGAUUAGUGUCAGUAGUUCUCAACUUAUUUUCUUUCAAAAUAUUGCCAAUUGUUCUUUCUCUCUGCUAUAAUUAUUUUACUGUAAUCCAUAAUUUUUGUCAUUCGUCAACUGGUGUCUAAAAUAGUUCGGUCUUUAGUCAUUUGGUGAUGGUCAGGUUGUCGAGGGUCAAAGGCUGAUGUCCAUGGAAUAGCCUUCAUAUUAGUAUCAGUCUUUGGUUGGUAAGGUCAAUAAAUCAGCCCUGGUCUUCUGAUCUGCUCUUUUAAAUGCCUUUUGUAUAAUUUUCUUGAGAUAUCCGGAUUGAUUAAGAUAGGAUCCAAAAAUUUUUAUUGUUGAUUUUGCUACAAAUCCGCAGAGCACCACUGUAAGGGAUAACGUUAAAGAUGAGUUUAAUGGUGGAAGAUAAUGAUGGCAAUCUGUUUUCUUGGAAUAUAGAUUUUUCUUAAAUCCCUUUCUUUGAUAACUUUCACAUCUAAAAAAUCAACUGAGUUGCUAUUUAUAUCUACAGUAAAUUUGAUCUUUGGAUGUUGUAGAUUAAAUGUUGAAACGAAAUUAUUACAUUCUUCUAGUGGGAGAGAUAAAAAGGCCAAAUAUCAUCAAUGAAUCUGUAUGAAAUAUCUGGUUUAUUAGGUAAUGGUUCAUAGUAGGUUUUCAUCCAGUAUGACAUAUAAAUGUUAGCAUAUUUUACAGCAAAUGGAGUUCCCAUGGCGGUCCCAGAUAUCUGUCUAUAAAACAUACCAUAAAAUUCAAAGAACAAAAUCUGCUAUUUGUAGAAUUGAUUUUGAAUCUUCAUUGGUCACAAUUUUAGUUUCAGGUAAUGCAUGUUUCAGUGCUUCUAAAGCAUCAGAAAUAACAAUAUUCAGAUAUAAACUGAUAACAUCAAGAGUCAUAGGAUUACCAUUCUUAGGAAUAAAUUCACUGUUUAUAGCUUCCAUCUUUUGAAGGAAUUGAGUGGUGUCUUUAACUAAUUCAGGGCAGUAAAGCUGUGCCACAGGUUGUAAUUUCCAGUCAAGCCAAGAAAAAGCUUUUCGAGUAGGUGCUGUAACUUGGCUACAUAUGGGACUUCCUGGUGGUAUAUCUGUAGGAUUAGAAACUUUGAGCUUUUCCUAAAAUGUAGAAAUGGGCUGGUUUAUCAACAGGUCUGUCCAGAAUAGCUUUCUGUUCAAUUUUUAGAAUUUUAAGGCCGGUCACUAAUUUUGUCAAUUGUCCAUGAAUCUCACUUGAAUUAUCUCCACUGACUUUCUCCUACACAGACGAAUCAUCUAAAUGUUUCAAACAUUCUUUAACACAGUCCUCUUUAUACCACCUCCUUUAUCAGCUUUUCCAAUAACAAUAUUAUUAGGAUCAUUCUUCAAACUUGAUAAGGCCUUCCUCUCUUUGCCAGUCAAAUUAUCUUGUACUUUAUUUUGUUUGGUACUGAUUAGUACAGUAGAGCUCUAGAGCUUUAACUCUUCCACAUGGUGGUGACCAUUUACUCUUGACAUACAGUGAUUUAGGUAAGAAUUUUUGUGAUGGUUUUUCAAAAAAGAACUCAGAAAGUCUUUUAGGUCAUGAAGUUCUAUAAUUUGGUCAUAUUUUGGUGGUACUGAACAGAAUGAUAAUCUUCUAUUUAAAAGUUUUAUUUCAACAGGCUCUAAAUGUCUGGAACUUACUAUUGUAGAUGAAAUUUUGGAAAUCAUGUUCUUGGUCUUUUACUUUCUUUUUUUUCUUUUUCCUCAUGGCUGUAGUUCGUGAUCUUUAAAGGGUUUAAAGAGAAGAGUUUUUUCUGAUGAUUUUGUUGUAUGGAAUGUUGAAGUCUCUGACAACAGUAUUCAGUUUUUUCUAGUUGUAAUUUGAAAUCUUCAGACGGGAGUAGCUGUUGCAAUCUGACUUUGGCUGAGGCUAACUUAUUCCUAAUGUCAAUAAGUCGGAUUUGUAGAAGUUGAUGGAUUCAUUUCUAAGGCUUUUUGAGAUUUUCCAUAAUAUCAUUUUUCACGAGUUAUUAACUGUGGAUUCGUAGACUGGAUUCAGUUUGGCCUAACGGUUUAAAUGAGUUAAAUCCAGGGGGUUUCAGAAUCAUUCACAAUCAUGCAUAAUUUUCCUUACUUGUAAAAUUUAAGCUGACCUUUCAAGUCCAUGACGCUAUCAUUUUCCUUACUUUUAAAAUUUUACCUCUAUUAUAAUUAUAAGCUACACCUUUCAUGUAAGGUAUCUAAAUCCUAUGAUGCCAUAACUGACUUCUGUAUUUAGUUCUGCAUCCCUGAAGAAGUUAGUAUUUUUACUGACGAAACAUUGAAUAAAAAAAUGUUGUUUUUUUUUAAAUUUUAUUCUAUUAAUUAUUGUAUAUCACAUUGAAAUGUGGUCAUAUAAUGUCAUCGCCCCUGUCCGUCGGCCUGGCAUCCACAAGCAAUCGUGGACGCUCUAGAGGCUAAAGUUAAUAUCAAAUAUACUUUCAAUUUAUACACAGUGUUUAAACACUGUUGAAACAAUAGGAUGGCAGUACUCACGUGUCUUGUUUAAUAAUCAAUUGACAUAUUAAAUUCUGUUUAAUGUCUUAAAAUAGUAUGGCCAAAAUUCAUCUGUGAUAUUAAUUUGACGUUUCAUCUGUCCAAGAAAAAAGUAACUUUAUGCCUGAUAGGUUCUGAUGGAAUUAUAUGAUAAACAGAUCUCCUACAUGUAGUUUUGGAAUCGGGGGGGGGGGGG